UCCCCAGGGCCAGAAGUCCGAUCCAGCGCGCCUGGCCCAGGCCAACCUGCCCGCCCCAAGAACGGCUGGGCCGGCCCUACCACCCCUGCCGCGGCUGCACCAAGCCACAGAGAAGCUAGCUCGGCGUUGGACCCCGCACGGAGGAAGAAGGCGUGUGCUCCCUCCUGCCCAGACAGGGACAGAAGUGGGGCCGCUGAAGGGGAGGCUGAGAGCCGCGCGGAGCCGCGGCCGGAGCGGACUACGCCACGCCACCCGGGAAAAGUGGGGGGUGGCCGCCAAGUCCCGAGGAAGAACGCGCCGGGCGGAGCCGAGUGGCGGGGCUAGAAGGGUCCGGGGCUGAAACCCAACACCGGCCGCGGGAAGGCUCGGCCCCCUUUCUCCUCCUCCCCCUCCCCUCCCUCCUUUCUCUUAAUCCCCGGGACGGAGCCCCGCGCCGGAGAGGAGAGGGCCCGAGGGGAGGAGAAAGGAGCUGCACCGCUGGGCGGUGGGACCCCGGGAAGGGGAGCAGCGAUCGCCGGGAAACCUGGUGACCUGGCCAGCGCGCGCGCUCUGCGCCCCCAUCCCGAGCGAGCCCAGCGGCCCCGGGCCCCUACGCCCCCUGCGCCUAAUCGCUGCUCUUUGCCUUGACGCGUGGCCUUUCUCUUCUUCCCAGAGGCACCUGCAGCUCCCCCGAGGGGCCCUGCCAAGGGUGCAUGUGAGCGGCGACGGCGGAGCCGAGGGUGGGCGCCAGCUCGGGGCUCUGCGCUCCUGGGCCGAGGGCUACAAAGGGGCUGGGUUCCCCUGCCACCUUUGGAGUGGGCGGCCCGGGGAAGGUCGAGGGCCUCUUUCAGGGGUGCCUGCAGGACACUUGGGGUCCGUCCGCGGCCCCCCACGAGGCGCCCAGGCGCUACCCGCAGGCCGCGGGAACACGCUGCAAGCCCCGCGGGCGGGAGCGCGAAACUGCCUCGCCGCCCGGAGGACAAGCGCCUGGACAGAGGGCAGCCUCUGCGGCCAUCCCCACCUCAAGGGACCACGCUUUCUGAGGCCCCCGGAGCCAGCCUGGCCCCCUGUCGCCCACUUGGACCAAUCUGAAGAGAAACGCGCGUCAUUCCUCCCCAGGUGGGCCGGCUGCUGUGUGCCCGGCCACCGCGAUCACAGUCCCGGGAGCACCGCUCUCCCGGCGUGUCCUGCGGGCGGACGGGCGGGCUGGGCCGCCAAACUCGCUCGGCCGGCCCAACCGCCUCGGCGGCUUCUGCCAGUCCUCGCGGCUGCCCUGAGCGGCCUGGAGAGACGUCGAGCACAGCCCAGCUCCUGCCUCCGCGCCGCCCCUGGGAGGGAGCUUGCGGGCCCAGGGAGUCUGGGAAGUCUAGGUCGACCAGCUGCGGGGGUCCUGGCGGUGGCCAUAGGUCCCGGGAGGCCACCGGGCCAGCACAGAUCGCGCGCCGUUGGAUGCGCUCCCGCAGCGACGCCCCAGCCCGCCUCGCUCCUCCUUCCUGCCUAGGCAAGCUGUCUCCCAUUUGGGGAGCUUUUGGGGCUUUCUUUCUCCUCCUCCAACCUCGGCGGAGGCCACUGAUCAAGAGCCACGACCUAGGGCGGCCUCGUCGCGUGGAGGCCGCGGACCAUGGUGCGAGGCAGCCACCGCUGAAGUCAGCAAAACCCAGCCUCGCCUGAAGCGGGCUGCGCGCGGGAGGCCAAAGCCAUGGCCAUUGCCACGUCGGCCCAGCUGGCCCGGGCAUUGUACGACAACACGGCUGAGUCCCCGCAGGAGCUGUCCUUCCGUCGAGGGGACGUUCUGCGUGUGCUGCAGAGGGAGGGUGCUGGGGGUCUGGAUGGCUGGUGCCUGUGUUCCCUGCAUGGCCAGCAGGGCAUUGUGCCCGCCAAUAGAGUGAAGCUCCUCCCCGCCGGACCCACUCCCAUGCCCAGCCUCUCCACGGCAGCACCAGGGCACGACCAAGAGGACCAAGAGGUGUACGUGGUGCCACCCCCAGCCCGACCAUGUUCUGUCCCAAGGCCUCCACCUGGAGCUCGCCCGCCCUCCCCUGACCCCAUCUACAAGGUGCCUAGAGGCAGUGGGACCCAGCCGGCCGCCCUAGGAAAGAGUGCUUUAGAGGUCUACGAUGUGCCCCCCACUGCCCUCCGGGGGCCCUCCAGUGGCCCCUACGACUCACCCACUUCCUUUGCCCACCUCCUGACCUGGGGCACUCCAGAGCCCUCUAGAGAGGACGAAGCGCCCUAUGAUGUACCACUGGCCCCCACAUCACCCACAGAGUCGGAGCCUGACCUGGAGUGGGAGGGGGGCCGAGAGCCGGGCCCCCCCCUCUAUGCUGCCCCCUCCAACCUGAAGCGGGCCUCUGCACUCCUCAAUCUGUAUGAGGCACCUGAGGAACUGUUGACAGACGGGGACGCCAGGGACACGGAUGAGGGCAUCUACGACGUGCCCCUACUGGGACCCGAGCCGCCCCCUUCUCCAGAACCCCCGGGCACCUCGGCCUCCAAAGGCCUGGACACCUUGUCCCAGCUUCUGCCCAGAAGCCCCCCACCCCAACCCAGGCCCCGGCUGCCCUCAGCUGAAAGCCUGUCCCGUCGUCCCCUGCCUGCCCUGCCUGUCCCAGAGGCCCCCAAUCCCUCUCCAGCUCCCUCUCCUGCCCCUGGUCGCAAGGGCAGCAUCCAAGACCGGCCCCUGCCUCCGCCCCCACCCCGCCUGUCUGGCUAUGGGGGCUCUAAGGUAGAGGGAGACCCAGAGAGUGGGGAGGCGGAGGACAACCUCACAGGACCCCAAAACGAAUAUGAGGGCAUCCCGAUGACUGAGGAAUACGACUAUGUCCACUUGAAGGGCAUGGAGAAAGCUCAGGGAUCCAGACCCCAGGAGAAUACCUUCCCCGGGGAGCCCAAGCUGCAGGAGCAGCAGGAGACCCUGUGCCCAGGGGAGCCGCUGGUUCUGUCCACUGGAGACCUGCAGCUCCUACAGUUCUACUCAGGACAGUGCCAAAACCACUACACAGCACUGCAGACGGCCAUGGCAGCCCUGGUGGCCAGCACCCAGGCCAACCAGCCACCACGCCUCUUCGUGCCCCACGGCAAGCGGGUGGUGGUGGCCGCUCACCGCCUGGUGUUUGUUGGGGACACCCUGGGUAGGCUGGCAGCCUCGGCAUCUCUGCGGGGACAAGUUGGGGCUGCAGGUGCAGCGCUGGGCCAGGCCUUGCGGGCCACAGUUCUGGCAGUCAAGGGGGCUGCCCUGGGCUACCCCUCCGGUCCUGCUGUUCAGGAGAUGGCACAGUGUGUGACAGAGCUGGCAGGGCAGGCCCUGCGAUUCACCACUCUGCUCACCAGCCUGGUGCCCUGAGGCUCUCCCACAGCACAACCCUGCCCCUCCCUGCCUGGGACUGCCCUCCAGGUCUUGGGAGGGGGGGCAGCCAGAGGGCUCUGUUUUAGGGGCCAAGAGAGUGUGUUUGGGGGGUUAUCUUUCCAAUCCCUUCUGGCCAUCUCAGCCUAUUCAAGGCGUCUGUCGUUCCCCUCAGCUGCAGCUUUUUGUAUGAGCCAUUUUGUAUAAAUUAUUUAUAUUUUGAAAAUA